GAGUAGCUGGGCUCUGCCUACUGCAUUGCUUCGAAAUACAAGCUGGAAUCAUUUCAGUUUUCAAAAUUCCUUGUAAUUUUUAUUGAAGACUGCUUAUUAAAAGGAAAUGGAUUGGACCGGAGCAAUUUUAACUUUAUUACUAUUUAUUUUUGCAAUUAUGUUCCUUUUGAAAAAGAAUAGUUCUGGGAAUAAGAACUCCCCCAAUCUCCCCCCAGGACCCAGGACUAUACCUAUUUUGGGAAAUCUGCACAUGAUUGAUCUGAAGAGGCCUUACAAAACAAUGUUAGAGUGGUCAAAAGAAUAUGGUCCCAUUUUCCGCAUCAAAUUGGGAUUCCAGGAGAUGGUGGUGCUGACUGGCUAUGAAACGGUCAAAGAGGCACUAGUGAACCAGGCCGAUGCAUUUGCAGAUAGGCCUUUUAUUCCCAUUUUUGAAGAAGCAACAAAAGGGUUUGGUCUUGCUUUUGCUCGUGGUGAGAGCUGGAAAGUGAUGCGACGGUUUACAUUAUCCACAUUACGGGAUUAUGGAAUGGGCAAGAGGACCAUUGAGGACAAAAUCACAGAAGAGUGCAGUGUCUUAACAAAGACAAUGGAGACUUAUGCAGGAAAACCCUUUGACGUCACAAGAAUUCUCACUGCUGCUGUUGCCAACAUCAUAGUUUCUAUUCUACUUGGGAAACGCUAUGAAUAUGAAGAUGCCACAUUUUUACGACUACUGAAGAUAAUCAGGGAAAAUGUUCAGCUUGCGGGAAGCCCUGCUGUGUUGCUAUAUAAUUUGUUUCCCAAGCUGGGGUUCCUUUUGGGUGCUCGUAAAACAAUAAUGAAGAAUCAAAAGGAGUUCCAUGAUUUCAUACGGACCACCUUCAUAGAAUAUCUCCAAGACCUUGAUGACAAUGACCAGAGGAAUUUUAUUGAAUCAUUUCUUGUUCGACAAAAACAGGAGAAUAUGAAGACUACAUAUGAUGGAUAUUUCCAUAAUGGAAACCUUAUAGGUCUUGUAGGUGAUUUAUUUGGUGCUGGAACAGACACAACAUCAAGCACUUUGCGCUGGGCCAUACUCCUAAUGAUGAAGUACCCAGAAAUUCAGAGUAAGAUCCAAGCAGAAAUUGCAAGAGAGAUUGGUGAUAUUCAACCAAGGACUGACUACCGAGUCAAAAUGCCUUACACCGAUGCUGUAGUUCAUGAAUUGCAAAGAUUUGCUAAUAUUGCUCCCUCCAAUGUGCCACAUGCAACCUCUAUGGAUAUAACUUUCAAAGGCUUCUUUAUCCCCAAGGGCAUGCACAUCGUUCCCUUGCUGACUUCUGUGCUCCAUGAUGAAUCUCAGUGGGAGAAACCAUAUAAAUUCUACCCUGAGCAUUUUCUUGACUCUGAAGGAAAAUUUGUGAAGAGGGAUGCAUUCAUGCCUUUCUCUGCAGGUCGGAGAGUAUGUGCAGGUAAGAACCUUGCCAAAAUGGAGCUGUUCCUCUUCUUUACCAGCCUAUUGCAGAAAUUUACCUUCCAGACACCCCCAGGAACAUCUAAAGAUGAUCUGGACCUGACCCCUGGUGUUGGAUUUAUCUCCACUCCUCUGCCGUACAAGACUUGUGCUGUGUUACGCUGAUCUGACACAAACAACUGUAACAAGUUGUUUUCUCAGUCUUGAAUUGCCUUCAUUUUGAGAGGCACAAUUUAACAAAGAAUCCAGUAUUAUUUACAUUUCAUGUGUUGUUUAGAACAGGGGUCACCAAACUUUUGGACCUCAGGGACCAUUAAAUUCAUAAUUUUAAAUCCUGUGGACCACUAAUAUGAUCUGCCUGAUGACCAGCAGGGAGGGCGUGGUUAGGUGGUCAUGUGACUGGGUGGGCGGGGCCAACUCAGCGUCACUCACGUCGAGGGGUGCCUCACCAGCCUCUACUCACUCCUCCCAUCCCAGCCCCUCCUCGUCUCCCCACCCGGGCUCCUUAAGACCCCAACAGGAAGCAGCUAUUGGAGCUAAGCAGCCACCACAAGCAAGAGUUGGCAAAACAGCUCAGUUCAAAUUGGAUCUGACCAAGAAGACUCAGCAGAAACACCUCACUGAGAACUAGGAGCAUAAGCUUUCCAAGCAAAGGAAAGACCUGCGAGAGGGCAAGGCCAGGUACCGGCACCUGGAGGCUCAGCAGGCUGAGAUGGUCAGCUAGUUCCAGGCCAUGAUGCAGUCCCACUGGACCAAGACCCUCCGGCUCUUCACCACCAGCAGCCCUUCCCUCCAGCCUUUGCCCAAAGCCUCGCAUCAGGAAGCUGAAAUGGACCCAAUGUUAGAAUUUCUCCCCCCUCCGACCCACAUAAAAAGACCCCGAUGGGGGAGAGACUCUGCAACAAUACAACCGUUCAUGGCACAUAUCCGUCCCAGGGGCCAUAGUUUGAGGACCCCUGCUUUAGUGCAAUAUUAAAAAUGCAAAUAACUUUUCUGCGGACCACCAA